GGCCGCAGUCACAGCCGUGCGUUCGCUGGCCGGCCGAUUCGACAGAGCAAACCAGCGGGGCGGAGGCUAGGCGGAGUCGGAGACAGACUCUCGGCUCUCCGCGGUGCGACUGCGACGCAUCGCAUCAGUACUCGUUUUAAACGUCGGCAGUAACAUUCAGCAUGCUCGGGGUGAAAUGGGCGCCUUUGAACACGCCGCUGCAGCGCCGGCUGCAGACGCUGGCCGUGGUGGUGUGGUUCGUGACCUUCGUGUUCGGGGGCUUCAUCGCGUGGGUGGUACUGGCCCUCGCCGCCAUGUACACCCGCUUCUGGUGGCUGGUGCUGGCCUACCUGGCCUACAUGUUCCUGGACAGGAACACCAGCGAGGAAGGCGGCCGGAGGUCCGGGUGGGUGCGGAGGUGGGCGAUGUGGCGCUACUUCUGCAGCUACUUCCCCAUCACGCUCGUCAAGACCGCCGAGCUGGACCCGAAGCGUAACUACCUGCUGUGCGCCUACCCGCACGGCAUCAUCUCGACGGGGGCGUUCGGCGCGUUCGGCACGGAGGCCGCGGGCGUGAGCACCGUGUUCCCCGACAUGGAGUCCGUGCUGGUGACGCUGCCGCAGCACUUCGCCUCGCCUUUCGUCAGGGACCUUGCCUUGGGCGUCGGCGCCGUGUCCUCGUCGCGCAAGAGCAUCACGAACAUCCUGCGGCAUCCUGACGGGGGGCGCAUGGCCGUCCUGAUGGUCGGGGGCGCUGCCGAGUCGUUGCUGUCCAGGCCCAACAAGUACCACAUCAUCUUGCGCCGGCGCCAGGGGUUCUGUCGCCUCGCUCUGCAGGAAGGGACUCCCCUCGUGCCGGUGUUCUCCUUCGGCGAGAACAACCUCUACGACCAGGUGGACAACCCGCGUGGCUCCAGGCUGCACCGCUUCCAGGAGCUGCUACGGCGCCGCAUCGGGCUGGCCCCCGUUCUACCCAUCGGCCGCGGCCUGUUCCAGUACUCCUUCGGGCUCGCCCCGCGCCGAAUGCCCGUCGCCGUCGUGGUAGGGGCGCCGGUUGCCGUGGACAGAGUGGCCGAGCCGACGGACGAGCAGAUCGCGGACCUCAACAGGCGGUUCGAGGAUGCGCUCGUCAAGCUGUUCGAAACGCACAAAGAGACCUACCACCCCGGCCAGGACAUCCAGCUUACCAUUGAGUGAAUCUCCAAACUCGGCGACACCUUUUUAACUGUUUCAAUUUUGAAUAAAUUUUAUCCUGUUUGUUUCCCAGA